AAGACGAGUUUACCGCUUCUCUGGCCGCCAGUGUCUGUCUGUCGGAUCUGUCAGGUGUAAACCGCUCUCACGAGCCUGAGCCGCGCGAGCUCCUCUCUCUCCAAACCCUCCGCGCGCCUCCAGCGAGCAGCAGCAGCUUACUUCGGGAAAUACAGAAGAGCGCCAACUUUACAGCAGGUGCUCCAGCUCUUAGAUUUACGCCUGGGAAAAGUCUGUUGUAUGAGAGAAAAGACAAAUGCCGCCUUAAGCGAUGUAGUUAUGCAAACUCGACUGACGUCGAGAUUAAAACAAACAAAACACGAGCAAAUUGUACGAAGAAAUCGGAGAGCUCGAGAUUAACUGAAAGCUACCCAUGAAAAUGGGUUGAAGAAAAGAAAUCGCCGAUAAAGAGAGUAAGUAGGAUUUUUGUGGAUGUGGAGCCAUAUUUGUACAUUUUAUUUUUAAUAUAUAAAUUACUGACACUAUAUUGUAGAAGAAGAGGAGCGCGCGCUCUGCGCGUCCACAUGUCUCAUAGACUUUUAAUGUAUCAAUCUUCUGCUGCCUGAAUGAAGGAAGAGUGGACAUUACAUUUAUGGUUCAGUUUUACGAAAUCUAACUUUUCUGUUAAUGAAAAAAGCUCUUUCUUAUUUUUACAGUAUGAUGUCUAUCUCAAGCUAUACAGAUCUUAGUGGAUUUCAGGGAUUAGAUUUAUAUCUUUUUGCUGCUGUUCCCAAUUUUCCGCUGUGCUACCUCAGCAUGUGGGAGUUGUGUGUAGCACAGCAGAUCUCAAGAUGACUGGAUUCUAUAAUGACUGGGUUUGUGGAAGCAGUGCUCUGUAGAUGUUAUUUCUGACUGUAAUAUAGCCAUUUAUUUACAUCACUUAUGUUUUCAUGUCGUCACGUGGAUCUUUUUGUCAGGAAAAGCUAUUAGCUAAUGUCUUUUUUUUCUUUAUACAUCAUCUUUCUUCACUAACUUGUUGAAGCACUAUCACUGCAGCUGGGAGGAUGCAAAUUAUUGACUUUUAAACUCCUUUACUGAGAGCUGCAGUUACCACCUAUACUUUUUUUUACAAGGAUUCAUGGAUGAACAUUAAGAUGCAGUCGAUGCAUAUAACAUUGGUGCUUUAAAUGUUCUUUGCUGGUGUUUUUUAGUUGUUGAGACUCAAGUUGCAAUAUAUAGGAUAAAAGACAUUUCAAUCAAGUUUCUACCUUCAGGCUCUUUUGUUUUAUCUCCCCCCCACUGAACUUAUCGGGUGGGGGGGGGAGGGGUAAGGCCCAAACCAUGGAGUCCAACCCAGACAGCCCGAGUCGGGCUGUGGAGUAUCUUCUGGAGCUCAAUAACAUCAUCGAGAACCAAGCCAAACUUCUAGAGACCCAGCGUAAACGCAUCGAGGAGCUCCAAACACAGCUAGACCGGGUCAACCAGGAGAACAAGGACCUGCGGCAUGAUCGCAUCCCGGGAACCGAGAACUCGACGCAGAACCACAGCUACAGCCAGAGCUCUAAGCCCAGCCAGCCGUCAUCUCUACCAAACCACAGCGCUGCAGGUGUCCAUCAGAACAGCAGCAGUAAUAUACCCUCGUCCACGGUGCCUGGCCCGGCUCGACGGACUCAGACCAGACUGACCCGAGGCCUGUCAUGUGGGUCAGCCCCUGUCGAGGAGAGGGGCCGACUGGAGCGAAACGACAGCUCUGGGACCAACAACACCUCCACUCUACGGAAGCAUGAGGAGGAAACCCAGAGUUCAGCUUCACGUCCCUUUUCAGACAGUUCCAGCAGUAAAUCUCCUUACGUGCACAGCUCUGACCGUUACAGGGACAACAGCUGUGGCCCCCCAGGCCCUCGGGUGCCUUUUGUGCCCGCUCCAAGCCCAGCCAGCCUCGCCUGGGCACAGCGUACACGCAACCAACCAGCUAGCCUGGCCCUACGCAAGCAAGAGGAGGAAGAGAACAAGAGGUGCAAAGCCCUAUCAGACAGUUAUGAACUCUCUACAGACCUACAAGACAAGAAGGUGGAGAUGCUGGAGAAAAAAUAUGGAGGUUACUUCGUAAGUAGACGGGCAGCACGUACCAUCCAGACAGCAUUCCGUCAAUAUCGUAUGAACAAGAACUUUGAGCGCCUGCGCAGCUCAGCUUCUGAGAGCCGCAUGACACGGCGCAUCAUACUGUCUAACAUGCGACUGCAGUACUCGUUUGAUGACCGACAUCCACAACCUCCCACCCCGACUCACUACAGUCACAGUCCAGGAAUGGGUCCUCCACAUUCUCCAACUUGCACCACAGAGCCAAGCUCCCCAUCACGACCGGAAUACACCCACCUAGAGGACUCCUUCUCAAAACAAGUGAAGUCCUUGGCCGACUCAAUUGAUGAUGCCCUAACGUGUCGACCACGCAGAGAUGAUUCCCAGGAAGGUAUAGGGGAUGGAAGUGGUGUUGUUGAUGACUUUGGCGAGUGCAUAUGGAGUAGCAACAGCCACGUAUCCUUACGGAGAGGACUUGGAGACAGAGAUCGAGGAGGUACAGGGGGCAUGAGUAUGCAUGAAGACAGCACAGCCACCUCUUACAGUGAUGUCACGCUUUACAUGGAUGACGGCCUACCUUCCUCACCACUCUCUCUAGACCGGGCCCCUAGCAGCACAGACACUGAGUUCUGGGGGGGUGUUGGAAGUGGGGUAAGUGGUAGGGAAGAUAGCCGUGACACAGAAGGAGGAGGAAGCAGCAAUAGCCGCCGAAGUACACCUUGCACAGAGUGCCGUGAUUACCGUUUACGGGGAGGGCACUUACCAUUACUUACUAUUGAACCACCUAGUGACAGUUCAGUGGACAUGAGUGACCGCUCAGACCGAGGCUCCCUUAGCAGACAGCUAGUCUACGAGCAGGACUCAGCAGCAGGAUCACCUCAAGGGACGCUAAAGCAUAACCCUAAUGCUCGUUCGACAUCCUCGACAGCUGCACAAGGUCAAACACGUCCAGCUGGCCAAUCGAUGCCGUCACACAUCCCACACCACAUGGCUCACCAUCAUCACCAUCACCACCACCACCAUCACCAGUACCCCGACACCCCUUCAUCCUCCUCGUCUCCUCAACAGCCCCCAACCACACCGCUCUCAUCCUCCUCUUCAGCACCACUGCCCCCUGGUAGUUUGGAGCAGCAAUGCUGCUCGGAUGGUGAUAAUGACUCACUGAACUCCACCACAAACUCUAAUGAGACCAUUAAUUGCAGCUCAGGCUCCUCUUCAAGGGAUAGUCUGCGGGAGCCCUUGCCCCCUUUAGGGAAACAGACCUACCAGAGAGAAAGUCGGCACAGCUGGGACUCUCCUCCCUUUAACAAUGACGUAGUACAGAGAAGACAAUAUCGCAUCGGACUCAACCUCUUCAACAAGAAACCAGAAAAGGGUAUUCAGUACCUAAUUGAGAAGGGCUUUGUGUCAGACACACCAGUGGGCAUUGCUCGCUUUAUCCUGGAGAGAAAAGGCCUGAGUCGGCAGAUGAUUGGAGAGUUCCUUGGAAAUAGACAGAAACAGUUCAACAAAGAUGUAUUGGAUUGUGUUGUGGAUGAGAUGGACUUUUCUGGAAUGGAUCUCGAUGAUGCUCUGAGGAAAUUUCAAGCUCAAAUAAAAGUCCAAGGAGAGGCUCAAAAAGUGGAAAGACUUAUUGAGGCUUUCAGUCAGAGGUACUGUGUUUGUAAUCCAGCACUGGUAAGACAGUUCCAGAACCCGGACACCAUCUUCAUCCUAGCUUUUGCCAUCAUCCUCCUCAACACGGACAUGUACAGCCCCAAUAUCAAAGCAGAGAGGAAGAUGAAGCUGGACGACUUCAUCAAAAACUUAAGAGGGGUGGAUAAUGGUCAGGACAUCCCACGUGAUUUACUGGUUGGAAUCUACCAGCGCAUUCAGAAAUGGGAACUGAGAACCAAUGAUGACCAUGUUUCUCAGGUCCAGGCGGUGGAGAGAGUAAUAGUGGGCAAGAAACCAGUUCUGUCCCUGCCCCACCGCAGACUAGUGUGCUGCUGUCAGCUCUAUGAAGUCCCAGACCCCAACCGUCCUCAAAGGUCUGGAGUUCACCAGAGAGAGGUCUUCCUCUUCAACGAUCUGAUUGUGGUUACAAAGAUCUUCCAGAAGAAGAAAACCUCAGUAACGUACAGUUUCAGACAGUCCUUCCCUCUGGUGGAGAUGCAGGUUCACAUGUUCCAGAACUCCUACUAUCCUCAUGGUGUCAGACUAACAUCAGCUAUCCCGGGCGGUGAGCGUAAAGUUCUGAUUGUGUUCAUGGCCCCUAGUCAACAGGACCGCACACGCUUUGUCAGUGAUCUGAGGGAGAGCAUUGCUGAGGUCCAGGAAAUGGAGAAAUACAGAGUGGAGUCUGAGCUGGAGAAGCAGAAAGGAGUAAUGCGGCCCAGCCUGCUCACCAACAGCAUUAUGGCUGGAGGAGUGGGUGGGGUCAAGAAUGAAGUGGUGAAUGGCACUAUGGGAAGGCCUAGUCUGGAUGACAACUAUUCACCAGGAGAGGGCCUCAAACGUACUGCUCUCAGCUCCUCACUGAGGGACCUGUCUGAAUCAGGGAAACGUGGUCGCAGAAACAGCGUUGGUUCCCUUGACAGUACAAUGGAAGUAAGUCUGAGUGAAGCAGAGCAGUCCACGGCCUCACCAGCGUUACCCAGUAGCCACUGUGCUCCCGGGAUGCUAUGGAACAGAAGACUUCCGGCCUCACCGCCCCAUCCUGAGCCCCGGAGUGGGGGUGGGGGGUGGGCCGGGGCAGCAACACACACCUGCGGUGACUGGCGCUGGACCAGUCUCCAGCAGCACCGAGAGAGGAACGACUGGAAUGGGGACUGGGAGCAACAACACCGGAUCUUUCCUGGGCUCCCUGUUUGGGGGCAAGCGAUCCAAAACGCCGGGUCCUAUUAUCCCCCCGGGGCCACCCUACCCCGCCCCUGUGGCCCCACCGACUACAGGAGGGCCGCCGCCUCUGUCCCCGUCCUCGCUGUGCCCGGGAGAGGCUGGGGGACCUUCCAAGAUCCAGGCCCUGCACGCCCAGUACUGCCACACUACCAGCAACAGUGUCAGUGGGCAGCCUCCGCCCCCGUACUACCACCAACAUCGCUUCCAUACUCAGACCGUACCCUCGUCUGGGCAGCAGGGCCUCCAUACUCUUCAGCGGGUCACCUUGCCUCGACGGCCACACCCCAACCCUUCCGCACACUCCCCAUACCAGCCGAUCUCCCAGCAUACUUUGCAGGGUCGCUACGGGAGCAUGGGCAACAUGGGCCUCCCUCCCCCCCUUUCUCCUCACUCCCCACUCUCCCCUCACCCGCAGUUUGCGCUCUUCCACACGCAGCCCACACACUUGGCCAGAGGGGGCGCCAUCAGCAAGCCGCCUCUCACGCUGUCGCACUCCCAGCCGCACCCGCACGCACACUCCCAUCCCGCCCACGUGCACACGCCGCACCCGGGCUCCCACCCCGCGCACCAACCUCACUUCGUCUUCGCCAGCCCUCCUCCUCCGCCCUUCCCUGCUCCCACUCAGCCGCCUCCAGUCUCCGCGUCCGGCACGGUCCACCACGUGCCGCCGGCCGCCCAGUAUCUGCCCCAGUAUCCUCCGUUGUCCUCCAUCCCCCCUCCCCCACCGCACUCCCCUUUACCCCCCCCUUCCUCCCCCCUUACCCCUCUUACGCCUCUCUCCCCUCUCCCCCCCCAGCACCAAGGCCCCCCUUCACAGGCCGGAGGCCCGCAAGGGCCCUCGUCGGCUCAGACUGGAGCCGUACCUGGGGGGACGGGCACGGUCGAACGCGCCAAAUCCAAACCUACCAACCGGAUCAGCACGGUAGUGUGAGCCGGGGGAAGUCGCGAGGCUGGGGGUCGCUGAAGGGUCCUUUGGUGGUUGGAGGGGGGACCGCCGCGAGGCUGGAGGCAGGUGGUGGCAGGGCCAAAGGCGAUAACAACGCCAGUGGGAAAAAGAAACGCAGCCUGCUAAGACUCUGCUACUUUCACCUGCGCUUCCCACAAGUCUAAACGAAGGAGCUUACAGAGAAAAAUAGAGCACAAACAGCACACAUACAUCAUACUGUAGGUGGAGGCUCUCAGCUAGAUCAGUGCUGUGGGAUACGUACUCGACAACAAUAAUGAAAAACAUUUAGGACACUUUGCUUUCAAAUCUGUUGUUGUAGAUGUAAUUGAUUUGACGGUCAAGCCAAACCCCUUCUUAGCUACUUCUCCUUAAAUCCCAUAUUCAGACAAGAAAUAACCGAUUACAGACAUGUGGAGAUGCACACAUCGACUUGAACUUUAAACUGUCCACAGGGUUGCUUCAGUUGCGUGUAGCCAUAAAGUUAGAGUAAAAUGGUUGUUGGAGAAAUGGUUUUCUUCACCUGGGAACUAGUUUAGGAAAUGUGAAGACCAGAGACCAUACAAAUAAUGCUGUGCUGGAUAUGAAGAUCAAAGCACAGUAUAAUGAUUUCAUACAUUCCACUAAUCAUUAGUCUAAAGCAUUUGCAAGAUGCAAUAAUCUUUUCACUAAAUUGAUGUCCAGCUUGUACUUGCUAAAUAAUUUAAAGGCUCUAUUGCUCUUUUUGUACACAACUAUAACAGUGAUAUGUUUGAGUGUUAAUAGAGAUAUACCUAUAAAGCAUAUAUCUUACACCGGGUAUGAUUGUAUGAAGUAUGUCAGUAUCGGCCUGACCUUUUCCACUCCUAAGUCUAGUCAGCUGUAAAAAGCCUUGUACUGUAUGUUGAUGUGCUGUUUGUAAUCAUCCUAGAAACACUGUCCAUCAGAAUUAUUAACCUAUGUAUAUAAAAUUAUUUGAAAUUUUAACACAAAAUUAUAUAUCAGUAAUGUUAAAUGACACUUUAUCUAUGAACUUGUUCAUAUCUACCAUUGCACCAAUAACCAGUGUUUAAGAGAAAGAAUAUCUAAGUUCAUAUUGAUCCAUAAUUAUGCCAAUUUUGCUGAAAAAUUAUUUAUUAAUGUCAAUUUUAUGUUAAGUCAAAAGCAUUGUGCCAAAACUCUAAACAUUCUCUUAUGUUACUGUUUAUUUAACCACUGGAUGAUGACCAUUAUUUAUCAUCCAUGUCUAAAUUCUUAGCAUAUUUCUAGUAAGACGUUAAUGCCCAGAAUGUGAAAACAAAAGGCGCUUUAUAAACAAACAAGUUUUCUGACCUAUAUUAAAUAAAUAUAUCUCUAUUAAACAAAAAUAUUUUCCAGGUAAAGUAUUUUUACCUAUGAGGGCUAGUGGCACAGUAUGAAGGAAACAUUCCAUGAAAGAUUGUUGCCUCUCUGUUUGUCAUCAAUCUUCACAUCUAAAAUGCCUGUAUUAUGCAGUUUCCAUUGGGUCCUUGCAUUAAUACUGUCGAUCAUACUUUACAAAGUGUUUUUGAUUAUAUUUUACGCUGUUAUAUGAAUGUUUGCUAUGAAUUUCAAUUUUAAUGAAUAUAACUUCGUCUUUUAUGGUUUAAAAACUACAGAUGUUAUAAAUUUGACAAAAUACCAGAACUAUUUGUAAAUAGGAAAAGUUUUCUCAUGCUUUGACAUUAAACAGGAAAGUGUCAAGGAUGUGGUUUUUUUUUUUUUUUAAUCAAUGAUUUUUAUGGACAAACAUGCUUGUCUUUACAAGUGUCCUCAAAUGUUAGAGACAUUGUUAUGGGAAUUAUUUCAUUUUUAUUUUAAACAGAAGUUGUGUACCAGUCAUAAAGUUUUUGAUUCAGCUUUUUUGGUUUGGGCUACCAGAUGGCCUGUUUUGAUCUGAUAAAAACAUAAUGCCGUACUUCCCAUUUAAUUUCCUCUGUAUGAAUAAUUGAGGAGAAGAGGAGCAAAUAUAAUUGAAUUAUCACAUUAAUACAAAGCGAAAUAUGAGAAUAUGAGAAAUCAAGGUAAUUUAGCCUCAAGUAAGGCCUUAGUGUAAGUACUGCUUGAAGUUAUUGUUUGUGUGGAUGCAUAAUGUGAUCUCAAGUGCAGUUAUAUAUUUCUGGACUGGGCUUAAUGCAGAUGCUCAGUAUUAUUUGUCUUGAUGUGAUGCUCAGUUAUUGUGUGUAAGAUAUUUAUGCCAUUUUGCUACCCUUUCAAAAUGCACUCUCUUUAUAAGUGCUGCUGAACGUGCUUAUUACAUAUGAUCAGCACACCACAAUACCAAGCACAGUACAAGAGGAAAUGGGUCUCCAGUUACAUAUGGUUAUAUAUAUAUCAAGAUACCAAUGUGAGAUGAGAGAGAAGAUUGGAAAUCCAUAACCCAUUAAUUGCAUUUACUUUAUUUGAUUAAUAGCCAUAAUCUUUCAUUAACUGUCUGUCUUCCUGCUGUGAAUUUUAUUGCAUGAGUAUGUCUGUAUUUACUGAGCUCUGUAACAAACUGUAUAUAGACUGUCUCAUUAUGAUUUAAUAUUGACAGUGGAAUAGGAAGUGUCAAAGGUGUGUGUGUGUGUGUGCAUGGGGGUAUGUUUGUGUGAAUGUGUAUGGGGAGUUGGCAUUCAUUGUAGAUGAUUAUGGCAUAUUUAUAAGACAGUUUUAUCUGUAAACUUGUAGGCUACAAGUGUGUAUGUCAAAGCAGAUGAAGUGUAAUUUUGAAAAAAGGUAUAUGAAGUCAUCUUAUUUGUGUACAGAUAAUAUAUGAAAUUAAGCAAAUUCGGAGAGAUGUGAAUAUUUAUUGCCUAAUAUUAUGAAUAAAAAUAUAUAAAAUGUUCUGACACAA